AUGAGAGCCUCGUCCUCUCUUUCAAUGUCUAUCCUCGCUAUACCCGCUACCGUCGUCAACGCUACCGCACUCCAAUUAUCAAUACAUAACCCGCCCCAUCCGGCUGACCGGAGAGAUUCGUCGGCCUUUGCGGACCCGAGGGAUGGUGGCGGCAGAUGGCUUGACCUCGUACCAGACUCCGGAGGCCAGGGCGAGCCUUUGAACGUCGUCAUCGCUGCGACGUCCGACGCCGCCGUGCUCGUGGAGCAACAGAAUGACGGCGGUCUCAUCAACUAUUUCCAAUCUAUUGGCUUUGCGAACGAGUGUUUAGGGCAGCACGAGGGUUCACACCAGCAGGCCAAUCUGGGCGAUGGGAACGGUUACUUGAACGAGUCGGCCGUGAUACGAUGGGAUUAUGGAGAUGCGGUGCUGGGGACGUGCAAGGAGAGUAUAGAGGGCGGGAACCACUUCCGGUAUUGGAUACAGAACGGCGACAAGGCGAAUACCGGCGCUGUGUUCUUGGCUGCGUCCUACGAGAUGCCUGCAACAGAAAGCCACAAUGUUAUCAAGAAUGGCUACAACCUCGGCCGCGAUUGGCUAGUCGGAAACGCAACUGCGCAGUCCUCCACGAUCCCCACAUUGAAUGUCACGAACCAGACGUCCUAUUCAGGUCAAACCACGAUGAACGGAUACGUCUACCAGACGAGCGUGCAGUAUACGUCGGGCUUGUUGGCAAACUCGAGUGACCAAGUGAAUCAUCGAGACACUGUCGCUUUGAGUGGAUUGCCGGCGGUCGAUGGAUUGGUGGCGGUCAUGGAAGUUAGGAUAUUGCAGAAGCCUGCGUCGACUUCGACAUCUGGUGCGCCGGCGCGCUGGACAGCACGAACGCUUACGUCGCUACCAUGUCUCCUGCUCCUUGCUCUCACAGUCGCUGCUUCAUCACUCUGA